CGGACUUGCUAAAUAUAAGCAUACCAAAGAAUUGACCCAGACAAUCAAAUUUAAAUACUUCUUUCCUAUUAAUCAACUGUUGCAAACAUUUGCAAACAAAGAUUUAGUUUUUAUUUCAGAUAAAUUUAUUGUUGAGAAUUCUGAACCAUGUUUUACUAUUGCAUACUCAAGCAUUGUUGAUAAUGAAAACCCUAACUGCGAAUUUGACUUGAGCAAUGUUCCCAUAACUAUUCCUUAUAAAACAAUUCAAUAUAAUUCUGUCACUGGUAACUCUGAUAUUAAAAUGAACAUGACAAUUAUCUACUCGCUUAAUUCGUCUAGGUUUAAAUAUUUAGACCAUUUACAUUCUAAUUCUGGCAAGAUGAUGAUUGAGGCCACUAAUAUCGAUUAUCUAAAAACCUCAUCUAUCAAUAUUAGCAGAUCUGAAAGUUCUCGCUCAACAAUAUCGGAUGCACUAUUAAUAAUCGAUAUUAUUGAUGAUGAUAUUGAUUCUACUAUAACAAAGGCACCCCAAGAUCAUAAAGAAUAUUAUACUACUAAUGCCAACAUUGAAGCUAUUGUAUUCUAUGAUAGUAAAAAAUAUCAUACUAUUAUUGAAGAUUAUAAAAGUGAUGAGAAGCAAUUUGAUUAUGAAAAUGGUAAUGAGAGUGAUGAUGAAAAUGCUAUAGGAAUCACCACCUAA